AUGAUUGUGGACUUCAGGAAGAGCACUGUCCCCCCGCCCCCACCCUCCGUGAUGGACUCCCCCAUCACCUCUGUGGAGUCCUUCCGUUUCCUGGGCACCACCAUCACCCAGGACCUCAAGUGGGAGCCGACCAUCAUCUCCCUCAUCAAGAAGGCCCAGCAGAGGAUGUACUUCCUGCGGCAGCUCAGGAAAGCCAAGCUGCCUGCACAGAUGUUGGUGCAGUUCUACACAGCCAUCAUCGAGUCCAUCCUCACCUCCUCCAUCACCGUGUGGUUCGCUGGAGCCACAGUCAGGGACAAACAGAGACUACAGCGCAUUGUGCGCUCUGCAGAGGAAGUGAUCGGCCGCAGCCUUCCAUCGCUGCAGGACCUGUCCAUCUCCAGUCAAUCUGACUCCAGCGAAGAGGCCAGAGCCCACUAUCUGUAUCGUCAUUGGGUUGGGCUCGGUUUGACGGACGUCCAUCUGUCCAAUCACACAGUCCUGUUAAGUUUGCCGGGUCCCGCUCCUAACACCAUCACAGAUCGCUCCAGUCUGCAGUGUUUCCUGCCCACAGGAGAGUCAUGUGACCAGGGCGGAGCCAACAGACCGACCAAUCAGCAGUUCUCCUACGCAGCCUACUCUGCUGUGGGAACGCUACAGGUACAGAGCUCAACAUAA